AAAAAAUCAGAUCAGACCCAGAGAGAGAGAGAGACGGAGAGGGAGGAGUGUGUGUGAGAGUGUGUGUGAAAGAGGGAGAGGGAGCAAGAGAGCGAGAGAGAGGGAGAGAGAGAGGGAGAGAGAGGGAGGGAGAGAGAAAAGAAGAGGGGGAAAAAAAGGAAAGAAGAUUUUCUCUAUGUAUAUAAAGAUGGCCACGUUAGCAAACGGACAACCAGACAAUACCAGCCUGAGUAGCAAUCACAGCAACCCCAGCACCAACGGGCAUAUGAACGGAUUAAACCAUAGUCCCGGAAACCCAUCCACCAUCCCAAUGAAGGACCACGAUGCCAUUAAGCUCUUUAUUGGGCAGAUCCCCCGUAACCUGGACGAGAAAGACCUCAAACCGCUCUUCGAGGAGUUCGGGAAGAUCUAUGAACUGACAGUGCUGAAGGACAGGUUCACUGGCAUGCACAAAGGCUGUGCCUUCCUAACGUACUGCGAAAGGGAGUCUGCUCUAAAGGCCCAGAGUGCCCUGCAUGAACAGAAGACUCUGCCAGGGAUGAACAGACCGAUCCAGGUGAAACCAGCGGACAGCGAAAGCCGAGGAGAUAGAAAACUCUUUGUGGGCAUGCUCAAUAAGCAGCAGUCAGAAGAUGAUGUGCGCAGGCUAUUCGAGGCAUUUGGCAACAUCGAGGAGUGCACGAUCCUUCGGGGACCCGAUGGCAACAGCAAAGGGUGUGCAUUUGUGAAAUACUCUUCACAUGCAGAGGCCCAAGCAGCCAUUAAUGCCUUGCAUGGCAGCCAGACAAUGCCGGGAGCCUCUUCAAGCCUGGUGGUGAAGUUUGCAGAUACAGACAAGGAGCGUACAAUGAGACGCAUGCAGCAAAUGGCAGGACAAAUGGGCAUGUUCAAUCCCAUGGCCAUCCAGUUUGGAGCAUAUGGCGCCUAUGCACAGGCACUGAUGCAGCAGCAAGCCGCGAUCAUGGCGUCAGUGGCGCAGGGCGGCUACCUGAACCCCAUGGCAGCCUUUGCUGCAGCCCAGAUGCAGCAAAUGGCAGCCCUGAACAUGAACGGGCUGGCUGCUGCUCCCAUGACACCAACCUCAGGUGGAAGCACGCCUCCUGGCAUAACUGCACCAGCUGUGCCUAGCAUCCCAUCUCCAAUUGGGGUGAAUGGUUUCACUGGCCUCCCGCCGCAGGCUAAUGGGCAGCCCGCCGCCGAAGCCGUGUUUGCUAAUGGCAUUCACCCUUACCCAGCACAAAGCCCCACUGCAGCAGACCCCUUGCAGCAAGCCUACGCUGGAGUGCAGCAGUACGCAGCUGCUUAUCCUGCUGCUUAUGGCCAGAUUAGCCAAGCCUUCCCACAGCCACCUCCCAUGAUCCCACAGCAGCAGAGAGAAGGACCAGAGGGCUGUAACCUGUUUAUCUACCAUCUGCCCCAGGAGUUUGGGGAUGCUGAGCUGAUGCAGAUGUUCCUGCCUUUCGGUAAUGUCAUCUCCUCGAAAGUGUUUGUGGAUCGGGCGACAAACCAAAGUAAAUGCUUUGGUUUUGUGAGUUUUGACAAUCCUGCCAGUGCCCAAGCUGCUAUCCAGGCUAUGAAUGGCUUCCAAAUUGGCAUGAAGAGGCUGAAGGUGCAGCUGAAGAGGCCAAAGGAUGCUAACCGUCCCUACUGAAGAGUUGUGGGAACCACUGGAUACAAAGCACUAGCACAGGGCAGCAGCUGAAUGGGCUACAUUUAGAAAAAAAAA